CUGAGGAUGCAUUCCCAUGCCACUCCUGACAGCCAAGCUGCCCCUCAUUUUCCGAGGUCUCACCUUGCUGAAGCAGUUGCCAAAGCCAAGGCAGGUGGAGGUGGUAGUGGAAGCGCUGGUGGAACUGGGAGAGGUCUUGUGGGGCAGAUUAUCCCUAUAUAUGGAUUUGGCAUCUUCUUAUAUAUCCUGUACAUUUUAUUUAAGCUGGCUUCCAAGGGAAAAACUACUCCUGCAGAGCGGAAAUGCCCGACUGCUACACCUGGAAACAUGAAGAGGAAAAUUACUGACUAUGAGCUCACUCAACUCCAGGAAAGGCUGAGAGAGACAGAAGAAGCUAUGGAAAAAUUAAUCAACAGAGUAGGACCUAUGUAUGACAGCAGGACUCAAAAUGUUACAACAGACCAGGAAAAAAUGUUGCUUCAACAACUCCGAGAAAUAACUAGAGUUAUGAAAGAAGGAAAAUUCAUAGAUGACAUCUCUCCUGAGAAGGAAGCUGAAGAAGCUCCUUACAUGGAGGAUUGGGAAGGUUAUCCAGAAGAGACUUAUCCUGUCUACGAUAACUCCAACUGCUGCAAGCGCAAACAGGACACAAUCCUUGUAGAUUACCCUGACCUGAGCCAACCCUCUCCAGAAGAGCUGGCAGAAAGAAUGGAGGGCAUGGAAGAUGAGGAGUAUCUUUGUGAUGAAACCCAGCUAACUGAUCUCACCACGGGAAGGGGUGGUCAGAAUUUAACGCAGAAAAAGGAUGAGGCGACUCUCGUUGGUGAAGAGAAGGGGAACCUCCGUCACAGCCAAAGCACUGAGGACUGCUGCUGCUGUUAUGGGGAUGAUCCUGCUGUCAUAGCAGAGAAUGCUGGAUUCCACUCUGAGAGCUGCAGUGAAGCAGAAGAGACAACCCAAGAGGACAUGUCUGUGGAGUCAGAAAAUGAAAAUGCAGCGCUAGAAGAGCAAAAAGCCAGUGAUGCAGAUGAAACAGGCACACUGAGAAAGCGCAACACGAAAGGGCUUGAUUGAUAGGGAACAUAGUGGAUGUUACCUGGAUGGUAGAGGUCAUAAACUGUCAUUUGUGUGGCUUUUGUUCCCAAUGAGGACUUCCCUAUGUUCAUGUCCUUGUACAAAUUUAAUUCUCGUGGUACCAGUCACAUCAUCUACCUGAAGUGGAAGCCAAUGCCCUCUUUCAUGCACUCUCGUCAUGAGUUACCAUGAUGUUGCCAACAGCGCUUUGUCCUUGAUUUUUGAAGCCUGGUAUCUUGGA